UGGUGAUGGCAUUGGCAAUAUAAGUGACUGACACAAUAGCUAAGUGUGCAGCCUGGUAUACACGCGCGGCUCUGGGUUAUAUGAGUAAACAGCAAGGACGCGUGCAUUGAAAGCUUUGGAGUCAGACAGGCACCGAUAAGAGAAAGUGACCGAUAAACUGUAGUGAUUGCUUACGGGGCUUUUUGAGUACACGUUCUGCCAGUAACCAUGGAAAGCGGUGGCAAUAUCUCGGAUUAUCUUUAUCAGUUCUCAAGUCUGGCGAUGUCAAAUAGCAGUGUGUUUUGCCAAAACUUCAGCAGCAACACCACUCUUUUGGACACUAACAACACAAAAUGUGACAGGACAGCUGAUCUGAACAAAGGCUCAACUCCCGUAAUUAUUGCCAUCAUCAUUACUGCGCUUUACUCAAUUGUCUGUGUGGUAGGACUGGUCGGCAACGUCCUCGUCAUGUAUGUCAUUAUAAGAUACACCAAAAUGAAAACGGCGACAAACAUCUACAUUUUUAACCUUGCCUUGGCCGAUGCCUUGGCCACAAGCACCCUGCCCUUCCAAAGUGUGAACUACCUAAUGGGCACCUGGCCUUUUGGGGACGUCCUCUGCAAGAUAGUGAUGUCCAUUGACUAUUACAACAUGUUUACAAGUAUCUUCACACUGACCACUAUGAGUGUUGACCGCUAUAUCGCCGUGUGCCACCCUGUGAAGGCUCUGGACUUCAGGACCCCGCACAAUGCUAAGAUCGUCAAUGUCUGCAACUGGAUCCUCUCCUCUGCUAUUGCUCUACCCGUUAUGAUCAUGGCCUCCACCGGCCUUACCCCACUUGACUCCCACAGCAGCUCAGCACGUGUCAUUGACUGUAUUAUGGACUUCCCCCAUCCCUCAUGGUACUGGGAGAACCUCCUGAAGAUCUGCGUCUUCAUCUUCGCCUUCAUCAUACCUGUGCUCAUCAUCACAGUGUGCUAUGGCCUGAUGAUCUUGCGGCUGAGGAGUGUGCGCAUGCUUUCUGGCUCUAAAGAGAAGGACCGCAACCUGCGGCGCAUCACACGCAUGGUCCUGGUCGUUGUGGCUGUCUUCAUCAUCUGCUGGACCCCCAUCCACAUCUUUGUUAUCAUCAAGGCUCUGGUCACCAUUCCCAACUCGCUGCUGCAGACCAUCACGUGGCACUUCUGCAUCACCCUGGGCUACACCAACAGCUGCCUCAACCCCGUGCUCUAUGCCUUCCUGGACGAGAACUUCAAGCGCUGCUUCAGGGAGUUCUGUGUGUCCAGCCCCUCGGUGUUGGACCUGCAGAACUCCAUGCGCUCCACACGGACCCGUAACCCCCAGCGCGAGGCCCAGUCCAGUCCUACGGCAGACCGAAUGGACCGGCAGGUAUGACUAGCACUGGAGAUGUCAUCACUGGAUUCUCGCUGCCAGCCCAGUGUUGACAUGAACUCAGAACUCACCCAAGUCACCACUGGUCUCUGACCCAUGGCAGUGGAGAUUUUGGCCAGCAAUUGGCAACAUUAUGUGCUAGGGCAAGAAGUGCACCAAAAAAGGACAUUUUGCAUUUUAGUAACACAGAGUGACUAUUGAGACUGAAUAUGUCCCACAAAGCAUAUCCAUCCAACUUCACUCAAAUUGAGCUGAGGUCAGCACUUUCGCACAACAUGAUGAUACUUUGCAUGACAAUUCCUGAAAUAAGAUGAGCCUCUGUAAUUGGUUUUUGACAUUGAGUAGCUCUUCAUCCAAGAACAUUGAUAUUGCAAACCAAGUGGCCAUUAAUCUUCAAAAAGCUUUAAACGUCCUCAUAUGCUAUACAGAAAAUGUUGUAUUUCUACUUUGCUUUGUCACUGGCUGUUUUAUUUGACUCUGUACAAUUGAAGAAGUACUAAAAUAACCUCUUUCAUCAUAUUCAUUUGUGUCACGGUGGAGUCUGUGUGAGAGCCUCUGUUCCAGAUUUUCCAGACAUCACAGCACUGGCACUAUCUACACACAACAAGCCAUAUAACAACCCAUUCAACCAAGUCAUACAACAACCCAUACCUGUUCUGUAUUAUAGACUGUAUUAUAGACUUACCAAGCCUAAUUAAACCCCCUGUUUGCCGGUUUGCGGUUCUAACACCUUGCCAGUUAGCCCUGUGCGUUGUCUCUGAGCCUUUCAUUUCUCAUUCUUAUUCCUAACUGUAUAUGUUUCAUCUGGUUUUCGGUCCUUUUUGCAUAUGACAAACUUCUUUCAUUUCUGUCUUUUAUAACAGUGCUGUAUACUGAAUUAGCCCUAAUAAAUAAUUCACACAUGCUCCCUACUAUUUCCCACUAUUAUACUCAAGCUCCUUUUAUUACUAUAAAUAUAUAUUAAAUAUGCAUUCUGAAUAAUCUUUAUAUAAACAACCCAUGCUUUAUAUGUGCCAAAAUGUGUUGUCAUAAAAUUACAGUUGAGUCAUAUGACAGAGGAAAUCUGAUGUCUGAAAGGGCAUUACGUAUGUAAUUCUCUUCCAGUUAGCAUUGUAGUGUUUUGUUCAGUUUAUAAAUAGAUUUGACAUGCUGUCAAUUGUACAAAUAAUAUUGCUGUUAGACUCAAAUGCGUUUUGUGCUCGUGUUGCUUUGGAGCAGUUGCAAAAUAAGAAUUCAAAUAUAUAUGUAUGUGAACAAUUCAUUGUUUGAAAUGACACACAUUGUUCCAGUUACAAUAAAGGCAAAAAUUAGAUGUUGCUAAUAAUGCAGUUAUGCUUCAGUGGAGACAAAAAUGUAUUGUGUGUGCAAAUCUUUUAUUCUUCUGGACGUUCUAAUGUGAUUAUGUGUAAUUAGUGGUCAGACUUUCAGCACUGGGUCAUGAAGAGAACGUUUUGUACUCUGAAUUGUCUUUGUCAGAAUUGAAAAUCUGCAUGAUGACAUUGUGAUCUGAGUAAACAAGAUCAGGUCAUUCCUCAUUUCUGAGAAGGAAACAUUUCAGUUCUUAUUGGACUUUUUCUAUAUUCAG